CGCGCGACUGUGCAGUGGAAGUGAAGUGAUGUCGGCCGCCUGUCUCGCUCCGCCCAGAGCUUCCCUUUCUCUCUCACUCCUCGCUCAUCCGCCGUUCGCCUCAGUAAUGCUGCUCCAGGAGUGUGAGCACUUUUUUCAUGAUGUUUGCAAGUUUCUCGUACUACGCAGUGUUUACUGAAAUUUGAGUGUUUAGUUUAAUUUAUUUUGAAACAAGGGAAGUACUUAAAUUACUUCAACAAAGUUGACAAACCAAUACUCAGUGUGCUGUGUGUUCUUGGAAAUAUAAGUUUUUAUUAUUGUAACGAUUUGUACAAAAAAAAAAAACUGUGUAAAGAAAAAAAUGAGAUCUGAGUCAGGCGAUGUGAGCGUCUGAGGCUCGUCGUGACAAUAUCGCCACCCGAGGUUAUUACCAUGGAUAACAACAGUCAGAGUGUCGCCCACGCACCCUCUCGCCAAUUCCUGCUGCUGGUGGUGGUGGCCGUGGCCGCCUGCUGGCUGCAUCCUGCAUAUGCUCGAGGAACAACCACGGUGGUCAGGGCGGGCGGGAACGUGACCCUGGAGUGUCCCGCCGCCAAGGACACCUACGUGUUGCUCCUCGAGUGGAAGUGUCAGGAAUGCCAGCUGCCGGGAGAGGCGAUAGUUUCGCAUGAGGUGAAGCUGGUGGAGUACAGGACAGAAUCAGUGACCCUCUUCCACCACGAGGGCCGCAUGUCCCUAUCUCCGGACACCUUCAGCCUCUCCUUCAAGCCGGUGCUCGCCUCAGACUCCGGCGUGUAUUUUUGCCGCGUUAACAACAAGGAUGAGUCGCUGCGCCCCGUCCGUCUCGUUGUGCAAGACAAGCCAGACCCUCCCGGCCGCCCGCUUGUAAUGGGCUUCACCUCGCGCUCCGUCAACCUGUCGUGGACCGCCUCGCCAGACAACCACAACUCGCUCAUCUCGCACUACAUCGUCCAUAUCAGGAAAGACGAGGAUGGUGUGUGGGAUGUGGACAACGGCCAGGCCACGGAGACCAACGCCACACAGUUCACGGUCACAAACUUGCAGCCCUUCAGCGUGUACUCCUUCAGGGUGGUGGCUGUCAACGCCCUCGGGAUGAGCCAGCCCUCCAUCAAGUCCUACUACAUGAUAACCCUGAGAGAGCUGCCGGAAGGAAAACCAAUCUUCACGGCGGCUCACAAUGCUUCGUCCACGAGUUUGGAGCUGCACUGGAAGGCGCCAAAUCACUCUACCAUACACGGGGAGUUCUUGGGCUACCAGAUACUGCUCCGACCGAGGGAUAUAAUCAACCCACGGGACGACCAAGUGGUGAACGUAACCAUCAGGGACCCAACAGUGACCAGUCACAAGGUCACCAACCUGAGGACAUACACUCAGUACCUGGUGUCUCUACAAGUGAUCAACCCUGAAGGCCUGGGACCAACCUCCACUGUGGCUGUCAUGACCGACGAGGGCGUGCCGGGUCCGCCUGAGAACCUGACGCUGAUUCGGGUUCAUGACCGCUCGGUGGACCUGCAAUGGAACCAGCCCACGCAGCCCAAUGGAGAGAUACGAGGCUACCGUGUCUAUUUCAUGAAGGGCAACUAUACCAGCGUGAAGACGGUCCGGUCCAGCGAGCCCAGCAUCCAGUUCACUCUGCCAGGUCUAGAACCUAACACACAGUUCAGAGUAUGGACGAAAGCCUACACGCAGCGACACGAGGGCAAGUCUUCCCAGCCCGUUAUCGUGUCCACAGACCUCUCAGGACCCGGCGCCCCAACUAUAUCCAACCUCAGCUGCCAAGCCAAUGGGGACAUAUACCUGCAGUGGCUGAGGCCGGAGAAACUCUACGGUACUGUCGAUCUCUACUAUAUCUACUACCGACCUGAGGAUUCAUUCGAGUUCGAGGAAAUUGCGGUGAACUCCGUAAACAACCGCAAAGAGCACAAUUUCCUGCUCACCAAUCUCAGCUACAAUACUAUGUAUGAGGUGAAGGUCCGGGGAGGAACAUACUCUCGCUUCUUCUCUGAGAACAACAAGACUUAUAAGGGACCAUUCUCACACCCUCGCAAAAUUUUGCUCUAUCCAGACUGCCACAAGAGACCUCAUCCAAAGCAGGGUACAGGCUUUGAAAUGAGUGCUGGCAUCAUUGCUGGCAUUAUUUGUGCUACAUUCGCCCUUUUCCUCCUCGUGGUUGCCAUGAUCAUUUGGAGGCAAGUGCAUAAACGCCAAAAGCAACGAUUCUUUCAAGGAUCCUACAAUUACCUUGAUGACCCUCCCAAAACUGUUCCUGCUCUCGUGCAUGACUGGAAAAACGACACAGGUGGUGAGGGUUCCUACGGCCCCAUAGAUGUGCACGACUUUGCCAAGCAUGUGGCUGAUCUGCACGCUGAUGGAGACAUCGGAUUUUCCAAGGAAUAUGAGGCAAUACAAGCAGCCUCAGCACAGGAGCACCACCCAGCAGAACACUCACAGCACCCAGAAAACAAACAAAAGAAUCGAUACUUGAAUAUAGUUGCUUACGACCAUACACGUGUGCCCUUGAGGCCUCUGCCAGGUCAGAAGAAAGCAAUUGAAUAUGUAAAUGCAAAUUACAUAGAUGGUUAUGAGAAGGCAAGAGCAUACAUUGGAACCCAGGGUCCUCUGCCUUCCACAUUUGACACCUUCUGGCGGAUGGUGUGGGAACAGCAUGUCCACAUAAUCGUUAUGAUUACAAAUCUUGUGGAAAGAGGACGGAAGAAGUGCGACCAGUAUUGGCCUAAAGAAGGAAGUGAACACUAUGGUUUAAUACAAGUUCGAUUAGUACAUGAGGAGGUUCUUGCCACAUACACCAUAAGGAAGUUUGCUAUAAGACACAUGAAGGUUAAAUGUAAGAAAUCUGGAGGAGGUGAGCGCAUACUGUUUCAAUAUCAUUACACAAACUGGCCUGACCAUGGCACUCCAGAUCAUCCCUUGCCUGUCCUCUCCUUUGUUCGAAAGUCAGCAGCAGCCAACCCAGAAGACGCAGGUCCAAUUAUUGUUCACUGCAGCGCUGGUGUGGGCAGAACAGGCACUUACAUAGUGCUUGACGCCAUGCUACAGCACAUUCGUGCUAAGGGCCGUCUAAAUAUAUGGGGUUUUCUUAAACACAUUCGCACACAGCGAAACUUUCUUGUGCAAACUGAAGAACAGUAUAUAUUUAUUCACGAUGCCCUGUUGGAAGCCAUCCAAAGUGGAGACACUAAUAUUCCUAGUGGUGGGGUCAGCAGAUAUAUCCGCAUGCUUCAGGCCCCAGACAGCUCACAAGAGAAGCCUCAAUCUUGGUAUCUUCUAAGUCAUCAAUACAAGCUCAUCACUCAUUUCCAACCCCGAGACUUCAAUGUAGUGAGUGCCAUGAAGCCUGUGAACCGGGAGAAGAACCGCAACACUGACCACUUGCCAAUGGAGAAUGGUCGAGUGCACCUCACUCCCAAGCCAGGUGUAGAUGGCUCUGACUACAUCAAUGCCACCUGGCUUAUGGGGCAUCAAAGGUUGCGGGAAUUCAUUAUCACACAACAUCCACUGCCAAAUACUAUUCUUGACUUCUGGCAGAUGGUUUGGGACCAUAAUGCCCAGACAGUAGUUGUUUUAACUACUGUGGACGAGGAUCAAGGAUUCCCACAGUUUUGGCCAGCCCAACAUGAUGAUUUUGACUCUGAGCACUGGAAGGUUCGGUACUUGGAGGAAAAGUUAAACUCGGGGUUAAUGACUGUGGAAGUUGCUGUACAAAGUCUUCAGGACGACUAUGAAUUGCCUGUGAGAUUGAUCCACGCACCAAGUUGGCCCCAUACCCUCCCUGCCCUCACCACCACCCUCAGCCUUGUGUCAUUAGUUUCUGAGGCCCAUACAAAUUACCAGAAUGGUCCUCUAAUAGUUGUUGAUAGAUUUGGUGCCACAGAAGCAGCAACAUUCUGUUCUCUAACAACACUCAGAAGCCAGAUGGAGUUUGAACAGCACUUGGACACAUACAUGUAUUGCAAGCUCUACCACAACAGACGACCCAGCAUAUGGACUAGUCAAGAUGAUAUUCUGUUUAUUUACCGAGCCAUGGAGUCAUACAUAGAAAGUGAAGGAAGCCAUAGUGGAAGCAGCAGUGACAUGGCAGGACUCAAUGAUCCAAUCAUUACCAUGCCUCCUGUCACUACCAUCACUCCAGUGGCACCCCUCACACCAAAGGCUCCUCCAUCACCACUUCCACUCAGCACCCCACCAUCUACACCCUCUGCUCCAGCUCUCCCCACUGUCAGCACCCCACCCAGUACUUGUGCUAAUGGUCAGGUGCCCUCCAAUGGACAUGCAAUGCUUACAGGUAAUGGGACGAUACGAGUCCCUCCAGAAGGCAUGGAGGAUACACCUCAGGCAACAGAAAUCCCUCCAGUCUAAGGAAAACACUGAAGUAAUUCUACUGAUUACUCUUUUAUAGUCAAGACAUUCUAAUAGACAGUGCAUGGAUGCAAAGUGAGACUGCGUGGUAUGUUUCUUAGCGUGAGAGAUUUGUGAACUUUGCACGUGGUGAGCAUUAUGCUUAGUUUGAAAAAAAAAAAAAAAUUAUUCCUUUGGCAAUAUAACUGGUGAUAAAAAUUUGAAAUAUAUGAUGAAAUUUUAGCUCACUGCAUUCACCUGAAAUGAAAACACGUAAAUGCAUUUAAUGUACUUUAAAAAGACAUACUGUAUUUAGCUGUAAGUGAUCCAGUUGUCCAGGAAACUUGUGGUCUUGAAUGACCAUAUUAGUAAGAAGGGAAAUGAAUUGUGUAAUGGGGCACUCUUGGUGCCACUUUCACUUUUUGCCUCAAUUUGAGGCCUUAAAGAGAACUCUGUUGAUUUCCAAACAGUCAUUAUAUAUAUAUAUAUAUAUAUAUAUAUAUAUAUAUAUAUAUAUAUAUAUAUAUAUAUAUAUAUAUAUAUAUCUCGUAUGUGUAUGUAUGAAUGUAUAUAUUGUAAACUUCAUGAAUCCAUUUUAUAAAAAGGCAGCCCAAUCAAUGAGAGGGUUAUCCAUGUGUGUACAGAAUCAUUUUCAUAUUGUGGUGUCUUUCAUUUACAUUAAUCAUUCUUUUGAGCUACAUCACAACUUAAAAUUUUCUACUUAGUAACAGUAAGGAAGGAAUGAUCCUUCCAUAUUAAAGACAUCUAGUCUAGUUGAUAUUAGAAUAUAGGUAUUUUGGUAUGAGGGUGCCAUUCCCUUUAUUCCAUAGUUAUCCUGAAAACAUAUUUUCUCACAUUUUUUCAUGUAUGACAGUGUUCAAGUUGAAUGUAAUUUUUACAAAGGUAUCAAUGAAUAAGCAAGAGGCUUCCUAUGCUAAGCCUGCACAAGUCCUGCACAAAGAACAGUCCUUUAUAGACUAGGUAACUAGAUUACUUCAACUUUCAAACCCAAGACACAAGAUGUUAGCCACUGUUUUCUAUAUAUUCACAGUUGGUGAAUAUUUGGAAAUUUAGAUAUUAACUUGUGAAUUUAAUGUAAAAAAAAUGUCCCUAUAUUGUAAAUCAUGAAUGAAUCUCAUUACAGUCUUACGAGUAUGUUUGGAGCAUAUUAGUUGUGCAAGCUCCACAUCUAUGAAGGCCAGAGAAAUUAUAGCCAGAAAGUCUCUCUCUCUCUCUCUCUCUCUCUCUCUCUCUCUCUCUCUCUCUCUCUCUCUCAUAGCUACACACCACUUAUCAAAUAAUUUCUCGUAACUACAUUGUGUUGUUUCAAAAACUAGUGACCUUUUAUUUCACUGUUUUCAAAGUAUACUAGACAUAGAUUGCAGGCAAACAACAUCCAAUCACAUGAAAGAUGAUAGCUGACACUAUCCGCAAGUGAAUAGAUAAGAAUAGAGGAGGCAGCGUUACUCAUUCAGGCUAUUGCCCUUGUUUGUUAUGCAGGUUAUAACACAGGUCUCCACUGUGGACAGGUAUGAUUUGGUAGAGCAAGACUUGGUGUAUUUUUCCUUCAUAAUAAUUUACGUGACAACAAAUUUGAAGGUCUCUGAAAGCGAAGGGUGCUUCAUCUUUUUUAAAUUGGUCUUGAGAGCUAUCUUCUCAGCUAUUGCAUCCUUUACAUAAGUAAACUUCAUAUAUCUAUAAGCAAGUUGUGAUGAAAGCCCCAUCCAACACAGCCUCAAGGCUGUAUACAGCAGAGUGGAAUAGAAACCCCUCCCAUUCAGCCAUAAGUUGUGGUGUGUUGUAAAGCAUAGUAGCAUUUGAUCAUGCUUAUUUCAUCUCUAGCUGGCAGGAACAUAUUUAAAAAACCUACCUACUCCGCAACUUUACCACUCACAGAUCUGUCAGCUCAGUUCACCACACGUAUGCUGACUACUCGAGUAAUGACUGCUAAAAUGAGUAAAUAAAGUAAACAUGAAAAUUUCAUUUAAAUAUUAAAACUUGCUUGCCAAUAUCAGUAAUAGAAAAAAUAUUCAGUGUCCUUCAAUGGCUAAAAAUAUUUAUAACACUUUCUUUGCGAGGGCUUAAAAUGCUUGUGUGUGACUGAAAAUAGCUCAAUUUUGGAGAGUGCCAAUCCCUAGAUAUGGCUUGUCUAUGAACAGCAUAAAGAAAUGGUACUGCCUUUCUCUUCUAAUCAAAGUACAGUACAUUACUCUAUUUCAUGCCUAGAUAAUUCUCAAAUCAUGUCCCUUGGCUAGUGACUAAUAUUCACUUCCUGUCUAUCCUUCUCUUAACUUCCAUUCUUUGAGGCCUCUGAUUAAGAGAUGAAAAUUAAUAAUUUCCAUUAUUUCUACUUAUGAAUUGAUUUUAACAACCAUCUAUUGGCACUGUUCAGUUUUCAAAUUGAUGUACAAAAUUUUACUGGAAAAAGAAAUGUAACCUUCUCUGAACUGUACAGGACAUGAAUGUUAAUGUUUCCACUUAAAAUAUGAAAAUAAUUGUCUCAUAUAUCAUUCAAACUUUAUCCUUAAUCAGCUCAAUAAUCUACCAGAACUUAGAAUCCCAAGUACAACAACAUACAUAAAGGCAUACUUGUAAUAUUCCAUAGCAAUGAAAUAAUUCAUCUACACAAACUUCAUACUGAAAAGACUUUACAUAGUUUGGCAUCUUAAGACACAAGUGAAAUGCUGUAUUUACUGGGGACUCUGAAUACAUGUCCAAUUUUUCUAAGAUGUAUAUAAUGAAAAAAGAAGUUAAUCUUUUUGUCUAAAAACUUGGAACAUCCAAGAACUCUCUAAAAGACUGGAGACAUCUGAACACCACCACCACUUCAUCAUAUCACUACAUUUGGCCCAUGAUUUAACAGACCCCAAUUUAACAGAUUUCAGAUUAACUGACCACAAAAUCUCAACAGAUAAAUACCAAGCAACAGACAUUCUAUCUGGAGUGACAUUAACUUUAGAAACAUCAAAAUCCUAUUAUAACAAUAAACAUGGAAAAAUAUUGAAAUUAAUUGAUUGUAAUAUUAUGUAUACUACGUACAUCAUAAAAUCAUUAAAGAAAAAAUUGUUCCGAGCUUAAAGGAAUGCAGUUAUAGAGGCUGACGUAAUAUGUGUUACCAACUCUUAUGUUAACACACCAUGUUAACACUGGUCCCACCACCCAUGCCUCAGUCUGCACUGUCUCUUGAGGAAUGUACAUACUUUGUCCAUUGCUGCUUUGAUUCUGGUGUUUAUUUUGUGCAAAAAUUCCUCCUAAACAAGAAAAACUUAAAUGUGUAAAUGUAAUCAUUUCAGUUGUUCAACUUACUAUAUUACAGUAUAGUGCUUAUGUACAGUGCUUGUUAGGUUACAAAACUCAUUUUAUUUAUAAACUGGCAUUUUCAAGCAACAAAUGUUUUAAGAAAUGGACCAACCUUCCCCCUUUAAUACAUUAAAUUGAGGGUCGAGUGUACUAUUAUUACAGUUAUUACUAUACAACAAAAAAAUAUCCAUACUAAUAAUACAAGAGGUGCAAGGACAAGGCCCUGCACUCAUCAUAAAUCAAUUCUCAUAAAAGAAAGGCUCUUUCUCACAAAAAUGGCAUAGCAUCACUAAAUUCAAUAUUGCUAACACAUUGCAUAUUUACUUGAAGUAUGUACAUAUAUUUAUAUCAAAUACAGUGUUAUGCACAAGAGUGAUGAUAUGACAUGAUAUACCUUCUUAUAAACUAUUCUUGUAAACUGCCACAAUCAACUACUGCUAGACUAUACAGUGCCUGUUCAGGCAUUAGUGUCGGCAGUUGUUGUACUAGGAUUGCCAUACAGUAUUAACUAUAAAAAUUCUUCACUGACACCUGAUACAAUAUUGGAAAACAUGUAAAUGAAUUUUUAAAAAAUUAUUUACCUUUGCUGCAGUAACAAGGUCACACAACCACAAAGUCAAACAAUAAUUCAAACUGACAUCUACAUCAAAGAAGGUUAAAGAGAAAAGACUGGCGUGCAACAUGAGGCAAUUCUUGUGAUGAAAGGCAGGCUGGGAGCAUCUACUCCACACAAGACCCAUACACUUUAAUCUUGAGCAAAACCAGACUAAAGCAGCUGCUGCCCAGUAAACCCUUUCCUCUCUUCCACCAUUUCAACCAAUAGAAACAUACUUUUCUAAACAGUCAGUGAUGGAAGCUGAAAUUCCACACACUUGAGAAAUUUUUUUUAAAUCCUCGUCCUGGACAGAUUUUGACACAAAAAUUCCAGACAUGUCCCUGAAAAUCUGGACAUAUGGCAAUCCUAUGUAGUACCAAUGUGUAACAUGGGCAACACUUGUAGAUCAGCUCCAAUGCUGGUAAUCAUAUACUUUGAUCUGCCUCCAACUAGAACAUAAUCAAUGAGAAUUAGAUAGAGUCAAAUACUUUGUUCACUGUUUAAGCAAAUGCACCUUCAUACUGAUGGAAAAAAAGAAAAAGGAAAGAAGCAUAAUGAUUCACAGUUCUGAUAACACUCUCUUUUACAACUCGGUAUGUUAUUUUUCAAAAAGUGCCAUCAUUAAAACUAUUAAAUUUGAGUCUGUGGAAAGUUACAUCCUCCUGGCUGACAUGUGGUUCUCAUGACUAGUUAACUACAACCUACACAGUGAGCAUCCUCAAAGCUGAUGCUGCUACUAAUGAUAGCUAUCAAUCUCACAAUGCUCACUGCACUUGCUAUGUUCAAGUGCUCAAGUGUGUUAAUAGGUCUCAUCUGUUCUCACAACAUCACAGUACUAAUCAUACUAUGAAAGAAUGACUGACCAAAAAAUACAUAAUAUCAGUAGAAUAAAGGAAUACACUUUCUAUCUGAACAGAGCUGGAAUCUACAUUUUAAUUUUAAUAAGCAAAGACUGACUUGGAAAAAAAAAAAAAAAGAAUGAAUAGCUCAAUACAAGGACAAAAUAUUUUGUUGAAUAAGUAAAGAUGCCUUGUACAUGAUAACAACACCUUCUAGUCCUUCUCUGUGCAUCAUUGUGUGGUUUAUCCAAGGCUUUAGUUUGCCCAAAAUCUUAAUCUAAACUAAAUAGCAUCUUCUUUUGGCUCAAGUUUUCAGAUAAUUUUGCUUUCCCUAUUUUUUUUCUUCUUUAUCUUGAAAAUGAUCAAUAUAAGCACUGUAACAAGCUAGUAAAGAAAAACUGAAUCAAAGACAUUUAAAAUCCAGUUUGCUGAAGCAUUUCACCUAUCGUCAUUUUCUCCUGACAAACUAUUUAAUGCUCAAAACAUUAUAUUCUAGGUGUCAGACAAUACAAUCUCAGGUGUACGAACAUACAACAAUGAACAGUUUUUUAAAUGCACUAUGCUUCCUGUUGACAGCACAACAAUGCAGCAUAGUCUUUCUGGUGCCAUAUAACCUCGUGCACACUACAAUUUAUCCAUCUUUUUGUCACUCAAAUAUUUUUUUCAGUGUCAAAAACAUGCCAUCUGCACAUUAAGUAUAUGAUAAUUAUUUGAAUAUAGAUAUUAAGCAACCAUGUUAAUACAGUAUUCAUUACAACACAGCUCCAGAAAUUGCAAAGUCUGAUAAUUUGAGGCCUGACAGGAUUUUUCACCUUUUAACUCUGUAUUUCAACCUUUUUCUCUCACACAUUUCUCAAUGAAGAGCCUUUCAGUACUCAUCACUCUUCCUUACCUGAGAUAUGGCAAAAAUUUUUACCUAAUCUGAUUCUAACCUAAACUCAUGGUCAAAUAACAAACUGUUCAUAUUCAUUCCAUUCACUUUAACUUUCAAGAGCUUACAAAAAGUAUAUUCUGGGUUAUAUGCAUUUUCUAUCCAUUUACAGUCUUCUCUGGCCAUUAACAUGAAUAUUAAUGCAAGUGUCCAAGCUGAAACUGUCAAAGUUGAAAUUAUCUUAGUAAUAGUUCCUUCUUGCACUGUUGCCUGUUUACCUGCCAGCUAUUACAAACUUGCACAUCUAGCAUGUUUCAGCUCACCAACCAUGACUAGUAUGAGACAGACAAGUUGCAAAAAAAGUAUAAUAAAAUAUGUAAAUAAAAAAAAAAUCUGCUUCAUGUAGAUACUGAAGGAACAAGUAGCAUGUCUUGAACUGCUUUUUUAUCCUCAUGGUGACCAAAUAUGAAAACUUUUCAACCUCUAAACAAGAGCAAGGUGUUGGUUAAUAAAACAGGCUAGAUGGACCUAAGUUGAGAUUUGCUCAUUUUUCUUCAAGUAAAAAUUUUAAAUUUAUGCAAGGAAGUUGAUACACAAGACUUGAAUAUUAAAAUAUUGCUAUCGAAAGAUACAACUAUAAUAUACUACAUACUAUGCAUUUUCAUGCAGUACUCAACUCUAAAAUCAAAAUCAUGACCAUUAAAAUCUUAUUCACUCAAUAACUCUUACAUGAUAUUUUGAACAGUCUUUGCCGAAAAUAAAACAUCCACCACUGUGUUGCCUGACAUACUGUAGAUACAUUCAGAGGUGUACACAUGUAAAUGCGAAGAUAUCAUCAUUCUCACCCUCUCUCUAACUAAGUAGUUUUCCAUCAUCCAUAGUUUGUUUUAACAUUGGUCGGAGAACCACUGCAAUAUGGAUGUGGUGGCCAUUAACUCAUACACUUUACAACUUGAUAGCGUGCAUCUUCAAAUCAGUGAGAAAGGACUUUAAUUUACUUUAUUAAAAACUAGUUACACUCAAGCAUCAGAAUGUUUCUUUGACCUAAAAAUCAUUUAAUAACCUAAAGAAAUACAACUUAAAAUUAAGAACAAUACCAACAUUGCAAUAAAAUUGCUUAAUAUUAAUGCUGCUUAACGGUAAAUUCAUUUCCUGAGACCGAAAAAAAAACAGACCUUGUAUAUCAACUUUCUUGCACCACCUCAUAUGAAAGCAUUUUUUUCCAUUUAAUUACCUAUUCAUUAUGCUAGUGGCUUCAUUAAAUGUCAUCUUGCACUUUUUGAUCCACCACAUUUAAAUGCAUUUAGAUUAUUUUCUCAAAAGUACAAAUGAAGCUUAGUGGUAUUUUCUUUUAUCUCCUACAUUGUACGUAUGUGCAUAUGUAAUGAAAUAUGUAAAACUUAAGUUUGUAGUGCAAAAUUUUUUUGGGGGAAAGUGCCAAGACAGAGUCCAACACCAAAUCAAAUAUGUUAUUAACACUCAUGAAAGAGCCAAGCCUUUCCUUAUGGAAAGCUUUUUGAUAUGGUUAUCAAAUAUUACAAACUACCAUACAGUGGUAAAAGUGUAAAAAAAAUAAUGACUUCAACAUUUUAAAGCAAUGAUAGAAAAGAAUACACAAGUUUUAUAGUAUCUCAUUAACCUAUAUGAUACAUUUCCUACUUUCCACCAACAGCAAUGAAAUAUAGGAUUGUGGCUACUUCAUGAGAAAUUUUGUCCUUUGGAAUAUGCAUAAAUGCUGUGACAUUGAUGCUGUUCCUUUGAAUGUAAUAAUGUUGUACAGUUAGUAUGCUACACUAAGUGUCCUACAAUGAUCAAGAAAAGAUUAUUUACUUUUCAGCUGCAAUAUGCCUGUAUGUAUUACUUUUUUUUUCUUUUUUCAAACAUUAAGAGUAGUAAUUUAUUGAGGGGCACAGUUUGUAAGAAUGUAUAUGAAGUUAGUAAUAAUGUAGUGUAAGUUAUUGGUAAAUACAAUUUAUAUUUUAUACAAAAAUAAAGUUAAACUAGCACAGGUUUGCUAUUUAAAGCAAUGCAAAGUCAAAAUAGCUUCAGGAUUUUCCUUAUCAUAAGGUAGCAACCUGAUGUAAGUAGGUAAUGUCCAGUAACACAAGGGAACAGCCACUGAAGACCAUUCAUAAUUCACUUGUCAUUUGAAAUUAGAUUUUGUUGAAGUAAAAAUGUCAACCCCAAUCAUUUCUAUACUUUAGGUUGCUUAUCUCCUUAGUGGAGGGAAGCUUUAAUAGUGAAUCAUUACAGAUGUUGGUAGUGCACUGAAAUGCCUACAAAUGAUGUGUGGUUUAAUCCUUAACAGUUCAUUGAUAACAUUCCCACUCGUGUCUUUGAUAUUAGAACACUUACAGCGCAGGUUAUUUUUUACAAUAUUGUGUGUUUUCUAUUACUGUAAUUACAGAUGUAUAGUUCAAUUCAAAUGAAAAAUUUUGGUCAGCAAGGCUAGCAUAUAUGUUCUGUAUUACCCUUCCAAAGAUUUGUGGUAUGUAAAAAGCUUUUUUAAUGUGUGUUUAUAUAUGUACAGAUAGACUUGUUAGAACUGUGUACCUCAAGGCUAUCAAGGCUGACUACGGUUGGUGUGUGUGUGUGUGUGUGUGUGUGUGUGUGUGUGUGUGUGUGUGUGUGUGUGUGUGUGUGUGUGUGUGUGUGUGUGUGUGUGUGUGUGUGUGCAGAACUUGGGUAUAUUAUUCAAUUUAGUAAUGCAUCAAAUGAGAGUCAGGUCCACCAUAGAAUGUCGUGUAGAGGGCCUCCAGCAGUCUGCACAAGCCUGGUCAUGGAAGAAGACAUUGUGAUGUAGUUGAUAGCUAACUGUUCCUACCAUGUGUGUACGGGGAGGCCGGCAGCAGCCACCUCUGCUGGCUGCUGCAGCUUGCCUCGCAAGUCAUUAUAUUGGAUAUAAAGAAGUUAAUAAAAAGACCAAUAAAGUGA